AUGUCAAGACAUUCCGGUUCUUCACGACAUCGAUCCCACCAGCCUAGGAGCUCUGAGUCCAAUUCAGAAGACACGAUCGAACAGGCGAAGGCUGUUGUCAAUCAGUUGAAUACAGUGAUUGCAUCAGCACCUCAUCAAUGGGAGACAUAUCUGCCCUCUGCUCGCUCAGCAAUGUCAGCACUCGACCAUGUGCGCUUCUUUCGCAGUACUCAGCGAUACGACGAACAGGUCUGGAUUCUUCAUGGACUUCAAGACUUUGCCUUUCACGACCCUGAUGGAGGUGCAAUUCGUGACGUUGCGGAAUGGUGCCAAACUGCAUGGCUUCGGAUCCUCAGGAAUUAUCCCGAGGAUGUAGAAACACUUACAGGAUUGGGUCAUAAUUGGCUACAGAGAGCUCAGGCGACUCUUGCAAGAAUUCAACGAGAAGAGGGGACAGAUUCUUCAAGCUCGGGCAGCGGACAAGCAGGUAACAUGAUAUACGACAAUGAGCUUCUGACAAACGGCUUGGAUACUGACGAAAAUUCAGCUGCACCGCCAACGGAUCCUCGCAGGCAAGGUCCUCUGUAUGUUGAAGCUCGUGGAUACCUACAGCCCGCUGUAGACUUCUACACUCGAGCUGUCACAUCCGCGGCGUCUCUCGGCGAUACUCCAGGAGAUCUCCUUGCUUCCGCUGCAGAAUCUCACAUGUCGCUUGGCAAUGUUACUGCCACGCCCGGGGACGAGCGUUUGUUCGCCCAGGCUAUUCGUUACCUUCGCCAAGCUGAACAAACGCCAGGGUACUCUCUGUCGAUCUAUCUUCAGCAGUAUCUUAACGAGUAUGGGCGAUAUGUUUCUUAA